CUAAAACUGAGGAGUAGUGCGAAGAUUUUAACCAAAAAUUUAAGUUAUUUCCUCUUGCAAUUUUGAAAUGUACAUUUGUAUAAGAGCUUAAAUGUGAAACCUUAAUAACUCAGGAUAAAUCAUGACCUAAAUGAUCCGCCACGGUGAUUUUCAGGUAACUACUCAGUUUGGCAUCAUUUUCACAUGUAGGUAAAUCGGUUUUUCUCAUAUUUACUCUGUAAAAAAGGGAACCACCACCAUAUGGCAAUUAUUAAUAUUUAUUUUAUUUAUUUAUGCGGAUUUACUCACCCCUGUGCUGACUCCUUUGACUUUUGAGUCCGUGUAGUGUUUCUCCAUUUUCUCUGUAAAAUCGAAAGGAAGAAAGGAGCCGUGACGCUCAGAACAGCGACCUCAGGCGCACCGAGACGCGCAGCGAAGCCGCAGAAACAUCAACUAUGGCGCUGUCAACUGUCCUCGAAACGCCCGGAGCUGGGUUUAAUUUUGAAAACGCGACUAGAAAUGCCGCGUUAGAGGGUCUUUUUGAAGGAGGACAAACCCCAAAACCUCUGAAAACUGGAACCACCAUAGCAGGAGUUGUGUUCAAGGAUGGAGUUGUCCUGGGAGCCGACACAAGAGCCACAUCCAGUGAAGUGGUGGCCGACAAGAUGUGUGAAAAGAUCCAUUUCAUUUCUCCAAACAUGUAUUGCUGUGGAGCAGGAACAGCAGCAGACACAGAGAAAACCACAGAGCUUCUGUCAUCCAACCUCUCCAUCUUCUCCCUGAACAGCGGGAGAAACCCUCGUGUUGUCAUGGCGGUGAACAUACUGCAGGACAUGCUGUACAGGUAUCACGGUCAAAUUGGUGCCAACCUGUUACUGGGAGGAGUUGACUGUACUGGGAACCAUUUAUACACUGUGGGUCCAUAUGGAGAUGUAGAUAAAAUCCCUUAUCUUGCAAUGGGAUCGGGUGAUCUGGCAGCUCUUGGGAUUUUAGAAGAUGGGUACAAACACAAUCUAGAGCUGGAGGAGGCGAAGGAGUUGGUACGAGCGUCGAUCCAUGCAGGCAUCAUGAGUGACCUCGGCUCAGGCAACAACAUCGACAUCUGUGUCAUCACUAAGAAAGGAGUGGACUACAUCCGACCCUACCAGGAGUCAGAGUACAAAGAUGACAGGAAAAUGAAAUACAAGUAUCGUCCCGGAACGACGAAGGUCCUGACAGAGAAAGUUGUUCCAUUAAAGCUGGAGAUCGUUCAAGAAACUGUGCAGAAGAUGGAAACAGCCUGAUCUUCAAUAAAACACCAAAAUACAGGAAAUCUCUACAGGCUUUGGAUGUGAUGGUGCAACCGAAGCAUUUUCUGAAACAUUGUCUUUCAUUGUCUCUGUUUUGUGGAAUAAUUCAAACACUGUAAUGGGCUAUUGCAAGAAUUUAAAUGUGUAAAGGUCGUUUAAUACAGAUUAAAAUUUUGAUUACAGAUU